UAAACCCCCCAAAAACCCACCCUACAAUGAAAGAAAUAGAAAAUGGAAGAAUAUCUCACCACUCCUCCAUGCCUCUUGUUUCCAGGUUGGAUCAUUUGGAUUUCAUUAUGAAAUAUUUAGAAGGGAAAAUAAGUUUGCAGAAAGGAAUGGAAAAGGCACGCUUGCCAUUAGAUUUGGCAAUGAGGGAAGCUUACUUCAAAGGCUCCUUGUUGGACAGGGUGACGUCUCUUGAACAUAGAGUUUUUCAGCUAUGUUUGGAUUUGGAAUUUAGUAGCACAUCCAGCACUUCAACAUCCACAUCUGGUUAUGCAUCUUCCAGCCGAGGAGGAUCCAGAGGGCAAUCCAUACCUCGUUCCUUACCAACCUUCACCAACCCAAAUCAAUUUCAUAAACAGGAAUCCCGUCAACCUCUGCUUUCCAGGUCUGAAAUUCAGGAAGAGUCUGAAACGCUGCUACUGCAAAAAGACCCGAAACCUCUUAAGCAACAAGUUGGGAACAAAAGGAGCAACAAGAAAGACAAGAUAUGCGGCAAAAGUGGGAAAAAGACAUCUCUCAAAUGGUCACAUUGGAAAAUAUUGGGUUGCUAAUUAACCUGCCUUUCUUUCUAGUUUGCUUUCCGUUGACAUACUUGGAUGUUCCAAUUUCAAUUUCUUAAUGAAUUUUGUCCUCUUGGUUGCAAUGAAUUAUUAAGAUCUUGUCGGUGUAUUAGGAAAGGAAA